GGCGCGGCGGCGGCGCUAGCGAGCUGCCGGCCGGGCGCGGGUUGCUGGGCGUGCUGUUCCGGCGGGGCCCGCUGGCACAGCCGCCUCACGCGAGCCGCCCGCCGGGCGGGGGAAGCUGUGAGCACUCCGAGCGCCGGGCUCGGGGCUGCCGGUGCUGCCCUCCCGCCGCCGCCCUCCGCGCCUCCUCCGGGCGGCCCCGCCCCCGUUCCCAUCCCCCUCGCGCUCACCUCCCGGCUGAGCCGCGCGCGAGGCGGAGCAAGGCGCCCGCCGCAGCUGCCGCCGCCACCGCUGCCGCCGCGCUGAGGGGCGAGAGCCUGCACCCGCGCCGCCGCUGACAAGAGGACCGCCGCGGGCUGCGCUUGCCAGCCGCGAGGCCCCGCCGCGCCUUUCCGGGGCGCAGACCCACAGCGGACGUCGGAGCGCAGCGAGGUGCUCUGGGAAUCGCGGGCGGCGCCGGUGGGCGGCGCGGUCCUCACUGGGGAUCCUGGGGGCUGGGGCUUGACCCCCAGGUGCAGCGAGCCCCUGAGAGCGGCAGUCUUGUGAGUACUAGAAUAGCACAACCAUGUUUCGGAAUAGUCUCAAGAUGCUUCUUACUGGAGGGAAAUCAAGUCGUAAAAACAGAUCAAGUGAUGGAGGGAGCGAGGAACCACCGGAUCGAAGACAGUCAAGUGUAGACUCUCGCCAAAGCCGCUCUGGCCAAGGUGGCAUCUCCACAGAAAGCGACUGUGCUUUUGAGCCAGACUACGCGGUUCCGCCACUUCCAGUGAGUGAAGGUAUGCAGCACAUUCGGAUUAUGGAGGGCAUGUCUCGCUCUCUUCCAUCCUCCCCCUUACUCACACAUCAGUCUAUCAGUGUUCGGCUCCAACCUGUGAAGAAGUUAACUGCCCCUCUGAGGAAGGCAAAGUUUGUUGAGAGCCCACGAAUUCCAGAAUCCGAGCUUGGCUCACCAACCCUCACUUCAGCUCAGAAACUGGACGUGGAUGCAUACUGCCCUGGUGAUGCUGAACAGGAACUUGGUCCCCCUCCAUCUGUAGAUGAGGCAGCAAACACACUCAUGACUCGUCUGGGUUUCCUCCUUGGAGAGAAAGUCACGGAAGUUCAGCCAGGUGACCAAUUCAGCAUGGAGGUACAGGAUGAAAAUCAGACCUCAGCAAUCACUCAGCGGAUAAGUCCCUGUUCCACCUUGACUAGUAGCACUGCCUCUCCACCAGCCAGUAGCCCCUGCUCCACCCUCCCGCCAGUCAGUACAAAUGCAGCUGCCAAAGACUGCAGCUAUGGGGCUGUUACUAGUCCAACCUCUACCCUUGAAAGCAGAGAUAGCGGCAUUAUUGCUACGUUGACAAGCUAUUCUGAAAAUGUAGAACGCACGAAAUAUGUUGGGGAAAGCAGUAAAGAAUUAGGAUCUGGAGGAAACCUAAAACCUUGGCAGUCUCAAAAAUCCAGCAUGGAUUCCUGUUUGUAUCGAGUAGAUGAAAACAUGACGGCUUCUACCUAUAGUCUGAAUAAGAUCCCAGAGAGGAAUUUGGAAACAGUUUUAUCACAGUCCGUACAGUCUAUUCCUCUGUAUCUUAUGCCACGGCCAAAUUCAGUAGCAGCCACAAGCUCUGCCCACUUGGAGGACCUUGCUUACCUGGAUGAGCAGAGACAUACGCCUUUGAGAACUUCUCUUCGAAUGCCAAGACAGAGCAUGGGCGGUGCUCGCACACAACAGGAUUUAAGAGUUCACUUUGCACCUUAUAGGCCUCCAGAUAUCUCCCUGAAGCCUCUGCUCUUUGAAGUGCCCAGCAUCACUACAGAGUCAGUGUUUGUUGGCCGGGAUUGGGUUUUCCACGAAAUAGAUGCUCAACUUCAGAGUUCAAAUGCCAGCGUCAACCAAGGAGUAGUGAUUGUGGGAAACAUUGGGUUCGGCAAAACUGCCAUCAUCUCCAGACUGGUGGCCCUCAGCUGCCAUGGAACACGGAUGAGACAGAUUGCCUCAGACAGCCCACAUGCCUCCCCCAAACAUGUGGAUGCCAACAGAGAGCUGCCACUCACACAGCCACCUUCAGCCCACUCAUCCAUCCCCAGUGGAAGCUGCCCAGGAACCCCAGAGAUGCGCAGGCGGCAGGAGGAGGCUAUGCGGAGACUAGCCUCGCAGGUGGUUGCCUAUCACUAUUGCCAAGCAGAUAACGCCUAUACCUGCCUGGUCCCAGAAUUCGUCCACAAUGUUGCUGCCCUGCUCUGCCGCUCACCUCAGCUGACGGCCUACCGGGAGCAGCUGCUUCGGGAGCCUCACUUACAGAGCAUGCUGAGCCUUCGGUCCUGUGUCCAAGACCCCAUGGCCUCCUUCCGGAGGGGAGUCCUGGAGCCCCUGGAGAAUCUCCACAAAGAGAGAAAAAUCCCAGACGAAGAUUUCAUCAUCCUAAUUGAUGGAUUAAAUGAAGCAGAAUUUCACAAACCGGAUUAUGGGGAUACAAUUGUUUCAUUUCUGAGUAAAAUGAUUGGAAAAUUUCCUUCUUGGCUCAAACUAAUUGUAACAGUUAGGACCAGUUUACAGGAAAUUACCAAGCUGCUGCCUUUCCAUAGGAUUUUUUUGGAUCGACUAGAAGAGAACGAAGCCAUAGACCAGGAUCUGCAGGCUUACAUCCUGCACCGGAUACACAGCAGCUCAGAGAUCCAGAAUAACAUUUCACUUAAUGGCAAAAUGGACAAUACUACAUUUGGCAAACUCAGUUCUCACCUCAAGACCCUCAGUCAAGGGUCCUAUCUAUACCUGAAACUCACAUUUGACCUCAUAGAGAAAGGCUAUCUAGUAUUAAAGAGCUCUAGCUACAAAGUAGUUCCUGUUUCGCUCUCGGAGGUUUAUUUGCUCCAGUGUAAUAUGAAGUUCCCCACCCAGUCUUCCUUUGACCGGGUGAUGCCUCUCCUGAAUGUGGCAGUGGCCUCUCUGCACCCACUGACUGACGAACAUAUCUUCCAGGCCAUCAAUGCUGGUAGCAUUGAAGGCACCCUAGAAUGGGAGGAUUUUCAGCAGAGAAUGGAGAACCUCUCCAUGUUCCUAAUCAAACGCAGAGACAUGACUCGUAUGUUUGUACAUCCUUCUUUUCGAGAGUGGCUUAUCUGGAGAGAAGAAGGAGAGAAAACCAAAUUUCUCUGUGAUCCCAGGAGUGGUCACACAUUACUUGCUUUUUGGUUUUCCCGGCAAGAAGGAAAACUAAACCGACAGCAAACUAUUGAACUGGGACAUCACAUCCUCAAAGCACACAUUUUUAAGGGUUUGAGUAAAAAAGUUGGUGUGUCCUCUUCCAUCCUCCAAGGCCUCUGGAUCUCCUACAGCACAGAAGGUCUUUCCAUGGCAUUGGCAUCUUUACGAAAUCUCUACACUCCAAAUAUAAAGGUCAGCCGACUGCUGAUUCUGGGAGGUGCCAACAUUAAUUACCGGACAGAGGUUUUAAAUAAUGCUCCAAUUCUGUGUGUCCAGUCUCAUCUUGGUUACACAGAAAUGGUGGCCCUGCUGUUGGAGUUUGGGGCCAACGUGGAUGCCUCAUCUGAGAGCGGCCUGACCCCUCUGGGCUACGCCGCCGCGGCCGGCUACCUGAGCAUCGUAGUGCUGCUGUGCAAGAAGCGAGCCAAGGUGGAUCAUUUGGACAAGAAUGGACAGUGUGCCUUGGUCCAUGCUGCACUCCGAGGUCACCUGGAGGUUGUCAAGUUUUUGAUUCAGUGUGACUGGACAAUGGCCGGCCAGCAGCAAGGAGUAUUUAAGAAGAGCCAUGCCAUCCAGCAGGCCCUCAUUGCCGCAGCCAGCAUGGGGUACACGGAGAUUGUCUCCUACCUACUUGAUCUUCCAGAAAAAGAUGAAGAAGAAGUAGAGCGAGCACAGAUCAACAGUUUUGACAGUCUCUGGGGAGAGACAGCACUGACAGCUGCAGCCGGGAGGGGCAAACUGGAGGUGUGCCGUCUCCUCUUGGAACAGGGGGCAGCAGUGGCCCAGCCAAACCGCCGAGGGGCGGUGCCUCUAUUCAGCACUGUUCGCCAGGGCCACUGGCAGAUUGUUGAUCUUUUACUCACCCAUGGAGCUGAUGUCAACAUGGCAGACAAGCAGGGUCGUACUCCACUGAUGAUGGCUGCCUCUGAAGGCCAUCUAGGAACUGUGGACUUUCUACUUGCACAAGGUGCCUCCAUUGCUCUAAUGGACAAAGAAGGACUGACAGCCCUCAGCUGGGCUUGUCUGAAGGGUCAUCUCCCAGUAGUUCGUUCGCUGGUGGAUAAUGGAGCUGCUACCGACCACGCUGACAAGAACGGCCGCACCCCACUGGAUCUGGCAGCUUUCUACGGUGACGCCGAGGUGGUCCAGUUCCUGGUGGAUCACGGGGCCAUGAUCGAGCAUGUCGACUACAGCGGAAUGCGCCCUCUGGAUAGAGCAGUGGGGUGCCGGAACACAUCUGUUGUUGUCACUCUUCUGAAGAAAGGAGCCAAGAUAGGUUGUCAGACGUUACCGAGUCGCCCACGAGGUCCAGCCACGUGGGCGAUGGCCACCUCCAAACCAGACAUCAUGAUCAUCCUGUUGAGCAAGCUGAUGGAAGAGGGGGACAUGUUUUAUAAGAAAGGUAAAGUAAAGGAGGCUGCCCAGCGCUACCAGUACGCCCUGAAGAAAUUCCCUCGAGAAGGGUUUGGUGAGGACUUGAAAACUUUCCGGGAACUAAAGGUGUCUCUCCUCCUCAACCUCUCUCGAUGUCGCAGGAAAAUGAACGAUUUUGGAAUGGCGGAGGAAUUUGCUACUAAGGCCCUGGAGCUGAAACCGAAAUCUUAUGAAGCUUACUAUGCAAGAGCAAGGGCAAAGCGCAGCAGCAGACAGUUUGCAGCAGCCUUAGAGGAUCUGAACGAGGCCAUCAAGCUCUGUCCAAACAACCGUGAGAUCCAGAGACUCCUGCUGCGAGUGGAGGAGGAGUGCCGCCAGGUGCAGCCGCCGCCCCAGCAGCCGCCGCAGCCGCCGCUGCCGGAGGAGACGGAGCCCGAACCGCAGCACGAAGAUCUCUACUCCGUCCAGGAUAUAUUCGAGGAGGAGUACCUGGAACAGGAUGUUGAAAACGUUUCCAUUGGCCUCCAGACCGAGGCUCGGCCCAGUCAGGGGCUCCCGAUAAUCCAGAGCCCGCCGUCCUCCCCAGCCCAUCGGGACUCAGCCUACAUCUCCAGCUCACCACUCGGCUCGCAUCAGGUCUUCGACUUCCGUUCCAGCAGUUCUGUAGGGUCUCCCACCAGACAGGGCUAUCAGUCCACCUCCCCCGCUCUUUCUCCCACUCACCAGAACUCCCACUACAGGCCCAGCCCACCACACACGUCCCCGGCGCACCAGAGCGGGUCUUACCGCUUCAGCCCCCCGCCCGUGGGAGGACAGGGCAAGGAAUACCCUAGCCCUCCCCCUUCCCCGCUCCGUAGAGGCCCUCAGUAUCGGGCCAGCCCUCCGGCUGAAAGCAUGAGUGUCUACAGAUCCCAGUCGGGCUCCCCCGUGCGCUAUCAGCAAGACACAAAUGUGAGUCAGCUUCCUGGCAGACCCAAAUCUCCAUUAUCCAAAAUGACCCAGCGGCCCUACCAGAUGCCUCAGCUGCCUGUGGCGGUUCCCCAGCAAGGGCUCAGGCUACAGCCUGCCAAGGCCCAGAUUGUGAGAAGCAACCAGCCCAGCUCAGCAGUCCAUUCCAGCACCGUCAUCUCCACAGGGGCCUAUGGCCAAGUAGCCCACUCGAUGGCUAGUAAGUACCAGUCUUCCCAAGGAGACAUGGGAGUAAGUCAGAGCCGCUUGGUUUAUCAAGGGUCAAUUGGGGGGAUCGUAGGAGACGGGAGACCCGUUCAGCAUGUCCAGGCUAGCCUGAGUGCGGGCGCCAUCUGUCAGCAUGGAGGGUUGACCAAAGAAGACCUUCCACAGCGACCUUCCUCAGCAUACCGAGGCGGAAUGAGAUACAGCCAGACGCCACAGAUUGGACGUAGCCAGUCUGCAUCCUACUACCCAGUCUGUCACUCAAAACUAGAUCUGGAGCGUUCCUCCAGCCAGCUAGGUUCCCCUGAUGUGUCGCAUUUAAUCAGAAGACCUAUUAGUGUCAACCCCAACGAAAUCAAGCCCCACCCACCAACUCCCAGGCCGCUGCUGCACUCCCAGAGCGUAGGCCUCCGCUUCUCUCCAUCCAGCAAUAGUAUCUCAUCAGCUUCCAACCUCACUCCAACCUUCCGGCCGUCUUCCUCGAUUCAGCAAAUGGAGAUCCCACUGAAACCGGCAUAUGAUAGGUCAUGUGACGAGCUGUCACCAGUGUCUCCCACUCAGGGAGGUUAUCCCAGUGAGCCCACCCGAUCCAGGACCACACCAUUCAUGGGGAUCAUAGAUAAAACAGCCCGGACUCAACAGUACCCCCACCUUCACCAGCAGAAUCGGACCUGGGCCGUGUCAUCCGUGGAUACCGUUCUCAGUCCCACGUCUCCAGGCAACCUGCCUCAGCCUGAGUCCUUCAGUCCACCGUCAUCCAUCAGCAACAUUGCCUUUUAUAACAAAACCAACAAUGCACAGAAUGGCCAUUUGCUGGAGGACGAUUAUUACAGCCCCCAUGGGAUGCUGGCCAACGGGUCCCGCGGAGACCUCUUGGAGAGAGUCGGCCAGGCCUCCUCGUACCCCGAUGUGAAGGUGGCUCGGACCCUCCCUGUGGCUCAGGCAUACCAGGACAACCUGUACAGGCAGUUGUCCCGGGACUCUCGACAAGGGCAGACAUCCCCUAUCAAACCAAAGAGACCAUUUGUGGAGUCUAAUGUUUAAAAGACGUUUGUUGGAGUGAGACCCAUAUGUUUUCACUGCACAUUUUCAGGCUUGGUUUCCACAUUUGAGGUAGUUCUCUGGCUUAAUUUCUCAUGUAGUUUCUGUGUGGUGUUCAGAGGUGGCAGCCCACAUGCUGGAGUUCUUUGCAUGCAGCCGACCGGGAAGCUGGCCUCCAGCGAGCCAGGACUUGAGUUCCUCCCAUCCGUGCCCCAGCCACAAGCUCUCUCCCUCUCUUCCGGCGCCAACGAGGAGAUUGCUGUGCCGUGUGCUUUACCCAGGGAGAUCAGACACACUGGUCAGCUUUUUCCAGGAGACAAUCGCUUUCACUGAUGUUCUUGUUGUGUGAAUGUCUUUCUCCUUUUUUACAAAAAUAAGGUGUUCUCGUUUGUUUUCUUCUAGGAACUUUAGAAAGAGUAUGACGCCCCUUUGCCUUCGCAUUCUUACCCAGUGUUAUCCAAAUAGCCAGCCCCAGUGCGCUCUCGUGCCGUGGUCUCCUCCCCUGGACUGCCAGCUCCCUGCAGUCAUCAGGUCUAGAAUGUUCAUUUAGGUUAUUGCUGGUCUUCCUGGGGCAAAAGGAUCCAGGAGAAGGAGAGGAGAGGAAACAGGUCUAUUAAAUUGGAAGGGGGGAAAAAAACCAAUAUAAUUAUUUGAAACAUUUUAUGAAUAUUUAGAAAACAAUCAGCCCUUUAAAUAUUUCACUCAGCCAAGGAAAUCGGAUGAGAAUCAUGGAUAUUAUUAUAUAAUCUACUGAGAGGUGUUCUCCAGGUUUUUAGCCAACCAGUAACUAUUAAAAAUCUACUGAUUUUCCAGGGGUGGUAGCAGGGGGGCAUCUAUAUAAAUAUAUAGAAAAGAGAGGAAGAAAGACUGUUCUGGACUCUCAGUGAAAGGCUAGAGAAAAUCUCUGUCUUGGAGAAGUCUGUGUUUUAGCUCCUGAGAGAUCACUGAGCAUCAUACUCUACAAAAGCAAACUCUUGCUGAGGUGUGAGUGGUACCCUAAUCCUGUUAGUGGGGUCUUCGCUCAGAACCAGACUGUGUUCCACCGGCCCUCCUAUUUCAGCCCACACAGUGUAGUGAAGAAAUUGGUUCUCUGGGAAGCAAAUUGAAUUCUCUCGGGACCGUAACUUUAUUCCUGAAGUUUGCACCCAGGGUCAUUGCACCCUGCGCCAGACGCCAUCUGAUUCCAUUUUGAGAUCUACAGUCCCAUUGUCUGUUACUUUAGGAAUCGUUUCUUCUUUUCUUUUUUUUCAAGGUAGGCAUGUUUGGGGAGCAAUCUUUGAAAACCAGAAACUGCAGCAUGUUUCAGGGAGAACACAGACCCCUUUCAGCCCUGGGUGGGGGCGCGCGAGACAGACAGCAGGUCUUCUGACCCGGGUAGCCUGCACCCUUCUUCCGUGUCUUGAGGUCGUUUGCUGACCUCUCCUUUGCGUGAUUGAGGCCAGCAUGAGGUGGACAGCAAGAACACUGGAACCAAAGCCUUAGCACGGGCCUGGUGCUGACGGCACGUCAACUCUGAAAACAUAAGAAACUGAAGCAAAAGCGAAUCCGUUCUCUGUUAUUAAGAAUCAUUCUGCUCUUGUUAGUAAAGGGCUACUGGAAGGGCAGUUUCCUGAACAAAAAACCAGAUGUGACCAGACCUGUUUGUAAGUGUCCUCUGAAAGUAUCACUAAGACAUGGGGAGCGUGAGGUUGAGAUCAGAAACAUUUCUCUACUAAUUUAGAUUCUGCCAAAUAGAUGGGCCCCUCUGCCCCCAAGCCUGAAACAGGCCAGGACUUGUCUCUGGGCUAGAAGCAGACAGCUGGGCCAUCUCAGGACCCAGACUCUCUCCUCUCUCUCUGAUGCCCCGGGACUGUGUCCUACUCACCUAGCCCAGGGUGGGCCCCGGCAUCUUGGCCCUUCCCUUCUCCCUCUCUCUCUCUCACUGAGAAGAUGAAAUGUCCAGCUGUGGCACCAGCCUACAGCCAGGAGCCCAGCUCCCGCUUUGUCCAGGUCUCAGCCUAGGGGGCUCUUUGCAUCUCCUCCCUUCCUAAGCACCUCUCACCGAGGAGCUGCUGCGACAUUCUGAACAAUGUCUGCGUCUGUCAGAAAAGUGCCCCUGCUUAUUCAGAACACCGCACAUGCGACCUGCACUCAGCUCUCUUGGGGAGUCAGUGGGUUCUGCGUUUCACCAACACGCCCCUGAUGUCGCUUGUCCCCAGGGCCUCUGGGUUUUCUUGGACAAACCAGAGAUUUAGGGUCUAUGCCUUAUUGGGCAAAAUACUUAAAACAGUCAAAACGCAGCCUCUUUGUUAGCCAUUGUAAGAGGGAGUGAAUAUCACUGCUGGGUGCCAGUUGAGUUUGACUAGAAAAUGCCAACUGGACCUUCCUGGGGGCCGGAGACCCGUUCUCCCUGCAGGCGGACUGCCCGCAACACUGCCAUGGGCCGGUCUUAGUACCGCGUCUCCGAGAUGGCCUCUCCCCGGCAACACUCGCUGAAUCGAUGUCUGGCUUCCGGUGGGGGGAGCUUUUCAGAUGGGCCUGGUAAGUUCCACUCACCCAAUUCACACCACCCUGCAAUGGAGACAGUCGUAACAAACCUCAGCCUCUAGGUUUCUCAUCAAAUUGUACGUUUCAUUCACCCAGAAUUCUUGCACUAAUGGGUUCCCAUCACAUCAUGUCUAUAAAUGGGUGCACUUUACUGUUUGAAUUUGUAACUCUGAUAAAUACUGGAUAUUUAAGUGUGCGUAAUGUCUUCAUUAGAAAAUAGCAAAACGGCUCUUGUCUUUUAGUGUAUCUUUCAAGGGAAAAAAAAGGAAAG